AUUUAGAGAAGUAGCUCGCUAUGUCUUAGAUCUUUCAUAUAUCUUCGACUUUUUCUACCAUUGUUUCAAAUGUUCCUGAACAUGAAAACACGUAAUCAAUUAACCAUCUAUCAUAGUUUCUCAGUUAGUUUCAUAUUCAAAUGCAUUAAAGUUCUCCUGACCAGAUCCAUUGGUCUAUUGCCUUAAAUUAGACGACGUUUCUGUUUAUCUUCUUCUUUCAUAUCAGAGAGAGAGAGAGAGAGAAAGAGAGGGAGAGAGAGAAGAAGAAAAAGAAGAAGAAGAAGAAGAAGAAGAAGAAGAAGAAGAAGAAGAAGAAGCAAAAAAAUGUCAAGAAAGGCAUGUUGUGUGGGAGAAGGGCUGAAGAAAGGAGCAUGGACCAUUGAAGAAGACAAGAAACUCAUUUCUUACAUUCAAGAACAUGGCGAAGGAGGAUGGCGUGACAUUCCCCAAAAAGCUGGACUAAAACGAUGUGGAAAAAGUUGUAGAUUGCGAUGGGCUAACUACUUGAAACCAGAUAUCAAGAGAGGAGAAUUUAGCUACGAGGAGGAGCAGAUUAUCAUCAUGCUUCACGCUUCACGUGGAAACAAAUGGUCGGUAAUAGCAAGACAUUUGCCCAAAAGAACAGACAACGAGAUCAAGAACUACUGGAACACACAUCUCAAGAAACGCCUGCUCGAUCAGGGUAUCGAUCCCUUGACCCAAAAGCCACUUGCCUCUAACCCUGAACCAGCCACGCCCAAGACUUCUGAUUUCCAAGAUGACUCAAACCCGAGUAACCUAGAUGAGCAAUCACACUCGGGUUCCAUGUCUCCAAAGUCUCUUCAUCUCUCUUCAGGCUCAUGCAACAGUGAGGAGACACCGAGAAACUAUGGUUCCUUGAAACCCAAGAAAUCGAGUGCUACAUCAGAACUGUUAAACAAAGUUGCAACUAAGGCAGCUUCCAUGGGUAAUAUCAUAUCAGCGUCCAUGGAAGGAACCUUGAUCCCCUCUACAACUCUGUCCCAGCCAUGUCUCAAUGAUGGCUUUUCCGAGACUAGUCAAUUUCAGAUGGACGAACUCGAUCCAUUCUCUAACUCAUCUGAAUAUAUCGAUCAUAUGAAGGAAGAUAUAUGCAUGAACUUUGAUCUCAACAAUUCUGACUACGAUUUCUCGCAGUUUCUGGAGCAAUUUAAUAACGAUGCAGCCGAGGAAGCUGAUGACAUUAUAGGAUAUGAUCAAGAUCUCCUUUUGUCUGAUGAUGUCUCAUCAACAAGCGUUGAUGAAGACAGUAUGAUGCGAAACCUAACCGAUUGGUCCAAUUAUCUUCUUGACGAUUCCGACUUUUCUCAUGAUACGAACCAAGAUUAGUCGAAAAGAACUUCAUAUGAUCCGUUGGUUGCUUACUGGUUAAAUUCGUGGUUUAGCAAGCCCAAGAAUAGGGUUUCACCAUUAUGUAUGUUUACUAUAUAGCUAAUAAGGGAUUCUCUUAGUUAGAGAACCAUGUAAUGUCGUGGAUCAGUUUGUAUCUGAUUUGCGGUAGACGCGAGUUUUUUUAAUAAAGCUUGUAUUUGGUAAACAGCU